AUGUUUUUGAUAUCCAAAGAAGAGAUGGACGUAUUCCAAACAGAGCUCGGCACUUACUAUAACAUAUUGUGCAUCACUGGUUUGUGGCCUUUCAAUGACUCACCCUUCGCAAAGAUACAAAGAACGAUUUUCGGUAUCAUUAUGAUUAGCUGCUUUCUAAUCCAGUUUUGGACGCUAGCAAUAUCCGAAUUUACGUUGAAGAACUUAUUACUGACGCUAUCGUACGGCUGCCCUCAGAUGUUGUAUUUUUUGCGAUAUGUCGGUUUUAUCUUUAGUUUUUCCACUUUUUUUCUAGCAGUCGUGGAAAUGAGUGAUCUACAUGAAAUUCUUCUUUGUACCAUAGUAGUUUUCGUUCACAUAGUAAUCAUGUUCUUAAAUAACCAUAGCGGACAAUAUAUAAUCGACGAUGGCAACGAUAUAUUUCACGAAACAUACAACUCUGUGUGGUAUUGUGUUCCAGUGAACAUGCAGAAAUUGAUUUUAAUGAUACUGCGUAGAACUUCGCUAGGCUGUGAAUUUAAUCUAUCCGGUUUAUUCGUUCCAUGCUACGAAGGCUUUUCGUUGAUGAUGAGCUCGUCUUUCUCAUACUUUACUAUGUUGUAUUCGAUGCAGUAAAAUGUUUAGUAGCAAUGAUCGUGACAAUAGUUAACGUAAAGUAAUGGGCACUUAUAGUCAUCCACGAUUAAAAAGAACAGGC